AAGACAUGAAAACCGAGUAUAAUCGCUACAAGAAAGAACUGAAUGAAAUCAGUAAAUUCUACACUGAAGUAUCCGAGUUUGGACAGAAAGUGCAAAAGUGGAAAACUGCUUUUAAGGCAAUGGGAACGACUGCUUGUCUGUUGGUGAAGUAUACUCCACGAACCACCUUGAGACCCUUAGUACAAUUGAGUACAUCAACUACUCUACAACCUGUGGGAAGUAAACGGUCAUCAAUAAUAAAGCGUUUUUGGGAAUUUCAAAAUGAAAGACAAAAUAUUGUAGCGAGAAACAAUUUACAAGAAGAACAGGCAAGGAUGAAAAUUCAGGAGUUGCAGACAAACCAACAUAUAACCGUUGCUACGGUGGCGACAGAACAAAUUCAAAAAUAUGCCACGUCAACUACCACCAGCAUCGCGAAGAGGUUCCUCGAUAAUAGCAACGAAAGAACAUCAAAACAUAACAGAACUCAUAAGGAUAGUAAUAAUGAUGAUGAUAAUGAAGAUAAUCCUUUUUGGGUACCAGGUGAAAAAUCAUCCAUUUCCCAAGAUCAACUCUCUUCUGAUGAUAAUCCUUUUUUGAUAUCAGGAUCAAAUGAUGAAUUCGAAAUAGUAACAGAGUUAGGGAAUUUAGAUGAGGUGCAAAAUGAAGAAAGUGGAGUAAAAACACUGUCUCCCUCGUCACGAAAUUAUAAUGAAGAUACAAUUUUUCUUACUCCAAAUAAACGACAGAUGAAUGAUGGAAGGAUUGUUCAGUAUUUUAAUGUCAUGAGACAAUUAUUGAAACAUGAUCAAGUUGUAGUUCAAAAACCAUCUAAAUUGAGAAAUAAUUUUAAGUCGGAAAUAAUGCAAAAAAUUGAUGGUGAUGAAAACAACACGUUUCGCCUUUAUUGUGAAAAGAUAUUAAUGGACUUAAAAAUUGGAGAACGAAAGUAUAUCGUUCAAAACAUUUCUUCUUUGUUCAAAUUUUAUGAAGUCACAUUUGGUAAUAUGUGUUUUGAUUGGAUCGAAUCACAUUCACCAGCAUCAAAAUUAACGAAAACACCUACAAACUCUGGUAUUGUUAAGGUUGAUGUAAGAGAAAUUUUUCACGUAGAAGUAUCUGGUCCGCCAUUGCCACCAUCACAUGAUCAUGCUGUUAACGAUACAAAAAAAAUCUCUACAUACUGA